CCGAUUUAGUCAGACGUAUGCUACUGCGAGUGAAGUCUUCUUUCGAGCGGUUACCGUACUCGCGGUAAUAAAUCAGUAACGUUCGAAGCAAUCUUUUUUUGGGCUCUACGCGGAUAGUCUGUUUCGUUCGAAGGGCCACGAAUCGUCCAGACGAAUCACGAAAGAAUAUGCAACAGUGUCUGACUAAUUCCAGUUGUUGCUACUUGCCCGCCAAAAAACCGCGCGCGAGGGAAAGCGCGUGCGAGCGCGUACGUUCGAAGCAAGAACGUUGAAAGAUAGUGGUCGGGAACGAGCGAGGUAAACGUCGAGGUAUCGGUGAAAACGAACCGUCGAAAAAUUAACCGAUAGAUAAAAAGGGUUAUGGUAGAUCGCGCGAAUACUGUAGGUUGGACAGUUUACCGCGCAUGUUUAGCGGGCGAGCGCUAUCGCACGAAGCGCGUCGUUCAAUCAAUACGCCGGCACGUGACGUCAGAUCAAAGCGCAUAGCGGCGUCGUCGUUUCGCGCACCGAGCGAACUCGCGAUCGGUAACAUAUUUUCUUUCAGGUACGCACGAAUUUGCACGCAGUGCACGCAAAGAUUUGCACACGCAACAUUUCGAUCGGGUUCUCACGCGUCUGACGGUCGCGCACCUCGCCGCCGUCGCGUUCAUUGCGCGUGUCCGUUGAUAGAGGAGCACUUCCUCCGCGCAUCCUCGCGAAUGUUCGGCACGCCAGCGUACGUUGCCGAACUGUGACAAUGCUCCUCGCGGUGAUCGCGUUCCUCUGCGCCGGCAGCAGCGCCGAAGUGUUCACAAAUAUGUUUCUCGUGAAAAUGCGACAGCCCGCGGAAAGAUACAUCGCCGAUCAAGUAGCAGCGAGGAACGGAUUCGUCAAUCUUGGACCGGUGCUGGGCAGCCAGACCGAAUAUCAUUUCGUGCACAGAGCUUUGCCACACGCGCGGAGCAAAAGGUCCGUGCCGCAUACGAGAAGGUUGAAGGUCGACCCUUUGGUGCAUACCGCGGUGCAGCAGGCUGGAUUCAAGAGGGUGAAAAGGGGUUACAAGCCGCUGAGCGUGGAUAAUCUUGUGCCAGUUUACCAAAUUAAAAAUCCGGCGAAUCCGGGGAACAGAGACCCGUCGGAUCCGUACUUUCAGUAUCAAUGGUAUUUGAAGAACACGGGACAGAAUGGCGGAAAACCGAAGCUGGACUUGAACGUGAAGGCAGCCUGGGCUCAAGGUGUUACGGGAAAGAACGUGACCACGGCCAUAAUGGACGACGGCGUGGACUAUAUGCAUCCGGAUCUAAAGUACAAUUACAAUGCCAAGACUUCUUACGACUUUAGCAGCAACGAUCCUUACCCCUAUCCGCGAUACACCGACGACUGGUUCAACAGCCACGGCACCAGGUGCGCCGGAGAGGUGGCGGCAGCCCGAGACAACGGAGUGUGCGGCGUCGGGGUCGCCUACGAUUCGAAAGUCGCCGGGAUCCGAAUGUUGGAUCAGCCUUACAUGACCGACUUGAUCGAGGCUAACAGCAUGGGACAUGAACCUGACCUAAUAGACAUUUAUAGCGCCUCGUGGGGACCGACGGACGACGGGAAGACCGUCGACGGGCCGCGGAACGCGACGAUGAGGGCCAUCGUGCGCGGAGUUAACGAGGGGAGACGGGGGCUAGGGAAUAUUUAUGUGUGGGCAUCCGGGGACGGCGGGGAAGAGGAUGACUGUAAUUGCGAUGGUUACGCAGCCAGCAUGUGGACCGUCAGCAUUAACAGCGCUAUCAACGACGGUCAAAAUGCUCAUUACGACGAGAGCUGCUCGAGCACUCUAGCCUCCACGUUCAGCAACGGGGCCAAAGACCCCAACAUAGGAGUGGCCACCACCGAUUUGUAUGGCAAAUGCACGAGGAAGCACAGCGGAACGUCCGCUGCUGCCCCGGAAGCCGCAGGAGUGUUUGCCCUCGCUCUCGAAGCUAAUCCCCAGCUGACCUGGCGCGACAUCCAACAUUUGACUGUCCUAACGUCGAAGAGGAACUCCUUGUUCGACGCCAAGGGAAGAUUUCACUGGACGAUGAACGGAGUCGGUCUGGAAUUCAACCACCUCUUCGGUUACGGCGUAUUGGACGCCGGUGCGAUGGUCGCCCUGGCGAAAAAGUGGAAAACCGUGCCGCCACGGUAUCACUGCGAGGCUGGCUCGGUUACCGAAAUGCAGAAAGUGACGAACGACCGAUCGAUCCUAUUGAAAAUAAAGACUGAUGCCUGCGCCGGUACCGAGUACGCUGUAAACUAUCUGGAACACGUGCAAGCCGUCAUUUCUGUGAACGCCACGCGUCGAGGCGACCUGGAGUUGUUCCUAACUUCUCCCAUGGGAACUAGGUCUAUGAUCCUGAGCCGGAGGGUGAACGACGACGACCACAGGGAUGGCUUCAUGAAAUGGCCUUUCAUGACGACUCACACCUGGGGAGAGUAUCCGCAGGGGGUCUGGCUGUUGGAGGUGAGCUUCAAUACCCAAACUCCGCAGCACGGAUGGUUCCGGGAAUGGACUCUGAUGUUGCACGGCACCAGAGAUCCACCUUACACCGGCCUCCCGGCGGCUGAUCCGCACUCGAAACUGGCGAUCGUUAAAAAAGCUCACGAGGAACGAUCGGCCGCGAUGUAACGAGUUUAAUCGAAGGCAUCUGGGGAUGUUCAUAUCGAAAGAUGUUUGCGCGACUAGUCUUAUCGUUUAAGGAUCAUUUUUACAGACGACAAAGUUCGAGCGAUUACUUUUCCGGCUGCUUCGCGUUCUCGAGGGUCCUGAAUCUCGAUCUCUAUCGUCUAGGUUACGUUCGAAUUUUUCCGUACGAUCGGCUGCGUUUCUGUAAAGUCCCUGUGAUAUAUUUGGAUAGUUUCUUCGUUUAAUUUAUUGUUAUUGUGUUGUAUUCGUGUACGUGAAAAAUCAAAAGUAUUACCAUCGGUAAAUUUGGCGGAUAGAGCAACGGGAAUGGAUGGUGAAGUACGAAACAAAUUUAUGUUUUCGCUUAUUCGAGUAUUUAUGUGUCGACGAUGUAAUUGACGUUUUUCAAUGAUCUCUCGUUAGGCUAUCGUCCAAAGUAACGGCACGUACAGUAUUCUUUUAAACAGACGUCUAGUCACCGCGGAGUUGACGUUCGUAAUUACGUUCCUUAUUUAUCUUGGAGGGUAAACGCUUGUUUAACGAUUGAAAGAAACGUCGAAGAUCUCGCUUCUGCUCAACGCGACGAGUCCUUUCGCCUACUCGAUGGGAAGAGAAAUAUCGUUAUUCGUGUCGAUGCUAGACGGGAAAAGCUAAUUCCAAAGUGUUUCGUUUGGAAAUAAAGAUUGAGUUGUCUUCCCAACUCGACCAGUCAGUCGAUUCAUUGCACAUAUUUUUAUCAAAACCCGUCGUGUUGAUGGUAACAUUAAAAUUAGGAUAUAUAUUCAUAUCGUUAUAUUAAUCAAAUUCAAUAGAAAUAUUUAUGUUUCUCUAAUUUCAAGUAUGGGAUCUCAAAUCGACGGGUUUCGUAAAUAUAGCGUUAACACGCUGACUGCCAUGGUGGUCACUGGUGACCGGCAUUUUAAAUUUAUAACGCGUCGCAAUAUUUAUUACGAUGAAAUCCUAAUACUUGUAAAAUUGUAAAUAACGCUAUUUUCAUUAGGAACGCUGUAAAAUAACAGGUACACCAUCGAAUUAUCGAAUAUUUCUAUGCUUCACACUAUUCUUUGAACAAGGGCAUCUUUAGAGAGGAAGAACUGGCAGUGAACGUGUUAAAGUUAGCGUCGGGUUGGGAGGUGAACGAAAAUCUGCAAGGAAGAAGAACAAUUUCGGUCCAUGCAUGCCAACGUUUAUACUUCUCGUAGACUGUUAGAUGUUCGACUGUAUAUCAAUAAUUAUAUGCACCUACGAACGUAUCGAAUCUCUUGCUUCAAGUUUUUCGACUUUCACUUAGAAACAGAAUUUUAAACGGGGAUGAAACGAAAGAAAAUUAGGUUCCUGUCGUUAGGGAACACUCUUAAACAGAUUUAGAUGCCGCACGUUUUCGUACUUUUGGAUCUUCAUGUUUUUAUAUAAACGACUUUCGGAAUUGUUCCUAUCGUCGUGAAAUCUUCGGCACGCUUCAGACGUUUUUGGUGCCGCUAAAGAAGCCGUGUUUCAAUGGUUACUUCUAAUCGUUGGACGUUCGUGUCUCUAAACGCUCGCGUCGAGUACAAACUUCUUACACCGAACCGACAUAUCCACGCGUCUUGGGUCCUCCACGUUACGCACAAUGUAUUUCCGAGUAUAACGAUUUUUUACUAAAUUCGUGAGAAAAUAUAUCAGUAGCAACCGGGGUCGAAGACCUCGAUGGUAGUCGAGAUUUCUAAUAAAAAUAAAUCUUGUUCGACGUUCGCACGCAUGGACCGGUUCGACCGUAAAGGCACGCGAUUUUGCACAGACAAGAUUAGAGCGAAUUAUGCUUUAUACAGACAAUUUAAAACCCUUUCUUUUUCGCGCGACAUCUUUGGAUUUUCCUCUCGUGUUUCGCGUUCGUCGGGGCGGGAAACGAGAUUAGUUCGGGAAGAGUCGUUCCACGGAGUUUGUUUAUUUAUUCGCCGAAGAACCGUCUUGUAACACAGAGAACUCCGAGCGAUAUUUCGUGGUUUUGGAGAGUCUCGGGACGUCCAUCAGUAUUAGGCGAUCGGCCAACGAUCGAUCGCAACGAUCGACCAAACUCUGAGAAGUUUCCGACGCCCGGCGUCGACCAGGCGACGCGUGAAAUUAAUUCGGCUUUGUCGUAUAAUGUAUCGAGUCGAGAAAGGCCUCGAUGGCGCCAUUGGGAUUGCACGCUUGGUCGAUUUCGCGAAUCCUCGCGAUCGUCCUCGCGGAGGCUGGCCUCCCAGUUUCGCCGGAGAGCCUUUCGAGAGCAACGUUCCAUGUAUUUACACGAUCUAUGUGUGUGUGCUCGUAUCAAAAGAAGCCCACCCGCCCUCCCCCAUUCCUAUUUUCCUCGAGGAACAAUCCCGUGUGUAGAACGAGACUGAAAAAAAAACGAUCAUGAUUUUACCAUCGAGCGAAUGUCUGCGAAAAUGAUGCGUUCCGCCCGUAUCGUACCGAUUGUACCUCGUGAUUUGAGACGAUUGCGGACGAAAUUCUCGAUUUUCCGAUCGUGAACUGCGGUGGAAAGGGACGCGGAGUGCCGAUAGGAAGCGAGAAAGAGAGUGUGCGUGACGUGGAGAAAGCGAGAGAGAAAAGUAACGAGAGCAAGUAUGAUGGAGAAGCAGAAAGUAAUAUAAGACAAAAAGAGACAAAAAAAAAAAACGUGUAGAUACACUAGAUAUAUAGCGGUCAGAGAGUUCGAAAUUUAUUGCAUAAACAACAUCAAGAACGAAACGAACAAAUGAAUACAUAUUAUAUAUAAAUAUAUAUACAAAUAUAUAUAUAUAGUCGAAGUGAAUUUAAUCAACCUUAUUCUGUACGUGAUGUACGUGGAUGAAUAAAAUCUUUAUUUUUUGGCCUGCAUUUUUUUCGUUUUUUAUGUGCUAUACCUGCGAUCCAUUGACGUCAUCGCCUCCCCUUCGGGUUACGUUCGCGGGUGUAUCGGAGCGGAUCGAGGGAUGAUUGCGACUCUUUUCACCAUUUUUCAUCUUUUUUUCUUCCUUUUUUUUUCGUACAAUCUACGCGCCGACGACGAUUCCGGAACGAACGCACGUAAAAUUACGAUCGUUUCGGUCGUCCGUCCUUUACAAUUUUACCCUCUCGCGACCGACGCGGACAUUACAAAAUAAGGUUGACUAAAGAUAAUGCGUUCUAACUGUAUUAGAACUAAGUAGAUAUAUUUGGUAUCGAACACGGCCGAGUUUCGACGCGGCGUUGAAAUCGUUUCUUCUCGAGCGUACGGCUUCUAAAUCGACGUCGAUUCGCGCGUCGCGUCUUCCGGAAGCUCCUCUGGCUCUCCGCGUAGGCGUAUCGUCGUCUCGCUGGCGACAUCCUUGAUUGUAACGCUGUCGCUCGCUGGAUUACCGAAGAUCAAUCUUCCGUCGACGAGACUGUGCGUCUCCUGUACCGCAUCCUCGUAGAAUUGAUUAAAUUAUGUCGAUUUUAAUUGAAUUCAGAACAGUCGAUGGAAGGUUCCAAAGUUCGCAAACG